UUUGACAAAGAGCUGUUCUUGUCUCAUUUUCUGCAACACAGUAACAUAAUGAAGAAUCUGAAACUGGUUUGAAAGUUUACACAGGCCUUUCACUGUCAUUAGCGCCAUUCAAAUCCUAAGGAUCUGGGGAUGAGACAAGGGACAUGGCACCAUGAUAUGUAUGACCUGAUUUUGACAUCGUGAGAUCUAGCAGAUCUAUCAAUACUCAAAUUUCUUGACACUUCUGGCAACAAAAUCUGGGCGGAAAGGCCCCAACACAACUGAAGACAUGCAGUUAUUGCAUUCUGCUGGUUCUGAUCGGUUUGCAUGAACCGGUAAUGGAAAUGGCAGGUGGCCCUGCCCCACCCACCCCGGCUCUACGGCAUCCCAUUUAGGCCCUUUUUAAAGACAAAGCAUAUGCGCAAAAGGCAGAGUGCAUGCGCGAACAUGCGUGCUCACAUUUGCAAACUGGUAGGGAAGACCAUGAAAGUCUUGGAUUUGUCAGUGAAGUCCGGUGAAUGCAUCAAACUGAAGGGGAAAAUACACCAAGGGGCCAAGAGUUUUGCCAUCAACUUAGGUCGGGAUGAGUCAAACCUGGCCAUCCACCUGAACGCUCGUUUUCAAGCCCAAGGAGACGUCAAGAAGUUGGUGUGCAAUUCCAGAUCGAAUGGCCAGUGGGGUGCGGAGGUACGGCCAUCGAUAUUCCCAUUCCAGGAAGGAGCUGAAAUCAAGAUCUGCCUCUGCUACCAAGCUGGGGAGAUAAAGGUGAAGAUCGAUGGACAGGAAAUCAGCUUCCCCAAUCGUCUUGGCCUGAAUUCUGCCCAAUACUUCUCAGUGGAUGGAGACAUGGAGCUUCAGUCUUUCAAGUGUUGUUCUAAAUGCUGAUGAAAUAUAGUCACACUUCCACCCUGUGGAUUUCUUCAAUAAGAUACAAAAAAAGGCGAAUAAAUGAGCCAUUCUGUCUCA